UCUGUGAUUGAUGAUUUAAACAUCAAGAAAUGAAGAAAAAGAAAAAGCAAACAUGGCAGAAAUUAUACGAACAUGGCUCAGAUCAAGACUUGGUGUUAUUAUAGACCUAACACCGACAGUUUUUGGUCAUUAUUGUAGGGAUGGAACAUUUCUUGCAAAGCUUUUACACAGCUACGACAUUAUCAGUGACAGUCAACUAAAUACAAUAAUACCAACAUCAGAUCCAGCAUUGGCUCGUGUAAAUUUACGUCAUUUACGAGUUUGGUUAAAAUUUAUUGGAAUAACAUGCGAUGACAAGACUAUUCGAGAUAUUUCUAAUGGUAAAGGUACGGCUUCUUUACGGCUGUUCUAUAAAGUCUUUUUAUGUUUGGAAAACAAAGAUAGGCUACAUUUUAUUACUCUUGAGAAGGAACGAGAAAAAUAUAUACCAACUUCUACUAAAUUUGAUGUUAAAGUUGUUUCUGAGGAUACUUCUUUAGAUGAGUUACCAAAACAUCCACUUUCUAGUUUACUCGAAGAUAAUGAAAAUAAUUUGGAGUGGUACAAAAAGAAGUUUCAACGAAUUACUGAUGAUUUCAGACGAGAACGUGAAUCUUUUCGUGAAUCUCAGAAAUCUAAAGUAUCAUUACAGCUGUCAUCAUCAACAAAAUUUGAUUCCGCUCUGAAUAAAGAAAUUGCAAAAAAUAGAGAGCUAGAGGAACUUGAUUCUUUUGCAAAGAAACACAAAGUAACAUCUAGACAACCAAAAUUUACGAAAAGUGACCAAUCGAAAAAAGAUGCUAAUGACUUUCAUCUUCAAAAAGAUUCUGAUGUUACGAAAGAAUUCAUGAAUAUUUUAAAGAGAAAAAAACAACAAGCGAUAGAAAUAUAUAAUUUUAAGAGUCAAAUGCAAAACAUGUUACUUUCUCAAGUGUGGGAAAAAAUGGAGAAUGAUCAGGAAAAAGAAUUUGAUAAAAUCAUAGCACAAAAAGUUUUGCGUCAAUCUCAGUAUGAAAAACAAAUGAUCCGUAAAUUAUGUGAUAUUCGGAAUGAAAAAAGGAGAUUAGCAGCUAAUCGGCAGUUGGUUGAUGAAUUGAUGCAAAAAACUCGCGAGAAUCAUAUCAACAUGAUUCAAGAAAGUGAACGACAAAUUGAAUUAUGGGAAAAUGAAGAGAUUGAUGAUGAAUGUCGUAGACGAAAUGAACUUCAUCAGCGAAUUAAAAAAGAAAAACUAAAAAUUCUUCGGGAGAAACAUUGUCAAAUUACAAACAGCAUAAUAAAUGAUAUUGUCAAUAUUGCUAUUAUAGCGGUAGAAGUUAAACACAGUAAUGAUGGCAUCCUUCCUGAAUACAUGUGGAAUGAUUGGAAAUGUUUAUUCGUGCAUAAUAUACCGAUAAUUGAACCUUUAGAGAAUAAAUCUUUCAACGGUAUCGAAGAAUGUGUAGAGGAAAUUGUAGCUAAUAAUCCUUCUAAAGAUAAUAUUUUAAGUGAAAAAGAUUUCGAAGAUUAUCAUCACUUGAAACCACCGUGGAAUGAAUUUAUUCCUGAACUUGAUCAAGAAAGUGAAGAGUUUCUAUACUUGGGAAUUAUUGUUUUAGGAUAUAUUAUUCAUAAAGUAUUUAAUUCAACUCUUUUGCAUUCUUCAAUGUCUUUAAAACAAAAGCUUCCAGAUGUUAAAGUACGAGCUGUAGUUCUUGGAAUUCCUGAUCCAUCUUUUUACCCGCAAAUUCAAGGAUUAUUAAAACACAAAAAGAUUAAAUUAGUGCUGGCUGCUGAUGCGAUUAAUUAUUGCUUACUAAAAUACAAAGCAGAAAUGAAGAAUUAUGAACAUAUUGAACUGGAUAUUGAAGUAAAUAAAUCUCGAAAAAAUUCCCAACAAUCGGUUGUUACUAACAAAUCAAAUAGUUCAUCAAAACAGACAACUAAUAAUAAUAAUAAAAAAUCUAAGAAAACCAAAACUAGUAGUAUUGAUUCAGAGGCUCACGGUAAAAACGUUAUAGACAAACAAAUUCAAACUCCAAAAAAUAUUCCUUAUGAUGAUAUGGAUCCUGUAUUAAGUAACACUGCAUAUAUUGGGAAAUCAAUCCAUGAAUUUUUUGUGACUGGUAAACCUAUUUCAGACGAAUUAACAGCACAGUCAAUUUUCGAAUACUUGAAGAGUUUAAAAGAUAUUCGAGGUUGGGUAUUACUUAACUAUCCUAAUACGUAUGAACAAAUGGUGUGCUUUGAACGCAUAUUAUCUGGAAAUAAUUUACCAGACCUAUGGGAGUCAAUUCAAUCUAACGACCUCAGUUGUGAAGAUGAUAUUCUUAAAAUAAGUACUCAUUCUUUCAGAGAUACUUUUCAAUCUCAGCACAGAGAAUCAAUAAAGUCUUUAAGAGAUUCAAAACUUAUACCGAAUCCUUUAAAUGAAAUAAAUAGCCUAUUAGCAACUUCUCAUUUAACUGCAUUCAUUCGAAUGCUUCCGAAACCAAAGAAAGUUGAUGUUCAUCCUGAAGAAUUAUUUGAAAUACGUCCUGAAGACUCGACUAUUUUAGAUGAAUUUUAUAAAGACCAAGGAUUGGCCUCUGUAGUUUAUUAUUCACAUUGUGAUUUUUCUACCAUUAAAAGAGUUGCAAGACUUAUUAUAGGAGAAACUUCUUUACCCAGAAAAUCUUCUACAGAAUUAUUCGGUCAAGUAUCAAAGGAUGUAGAUCAUGUUGAAGGAAGAAGCCAAUUAAAUAAUGAGCAAAGUUUUAAAUCGGCUUCUAAAGAAUUCAAGGUAGAAAAUCGUAAACCAAAGCCAGGAGAACCUGAUUGGUCUUGGGUAGAUUUGCCUGUGCCUCAAAAAAUUUCUAAAGCUCUAACAUUAAUGUGGCAAAACUUGGAGGAUAUUUAUAUUGAUGGAUUAAAAGAUGUUUUUCUUCAAAGAAGAUCUACUUUUUUAGCGAUUAUACCUUAUAAAGAAUUUGUUCGUCAAAAAAUGGUCAAGCUUUUAAGUGAACCCGAUGGAAAACAAGCACUUCUUAAAAAUUUUCAGAAGGCUUUUAAUGAAAUUCCUGAAGAAGCAAGAGAUGAUGAUGAAAUGAAGAAUGAACUACAUUAUAAAGUGUCUCAAUUUCAAACAGAAUUAUGGAAUAUUUGUAAUGUGAAAAGACGAGAAGCUCAAGAAGAACGUAAAAGCAUUAUUCUUAAUCAUUGGACAGCAGUUCAUGUAAUCGAUUUAAUAAAUAUUUACUUAACAAUAAUUCAAUUUGAAAUGGAUCGUUUCAUAGAUACUCUUAAGUUGAUUCAAACUUAUUAUUUAUCAAUGCUUCAGCGUCCACUUCAAGAUGAAAAGUUUUUGAAAAUCCGGUUGAACAAACUAACUUCCGAUUCUGAUAAUUCUGUUAAAGUAGAAGGAAAUUUAUCUUCUCAAGUAUCUCUAGAAGAUGAAAAUAAAAUGAAUCUUGUAGAAGUUUCAGAUAACUUUCGACAGCUGUGUUGUUAUAAGAUUAUUGAAUCAACCACCGAGUUUGUUGAUUCUAUCAUUAAAAAUAUGCUCCAUUUUAUAACUAUUAGCUUUCAAAGUAAAGAAAAACCUUCGUCAUCAAGACGCUCAUCUGAUCGUAAAGGAAAAAGAAAAUCAUCAAAAAAAAUAUCAAUAUCAUCUAGUUCGAAAGAAGAAAUUAAUGUAAUAAAUGAACGAUUUGAAGAUGUAUUUAUUGAAUGGAAAUAUGCAGCAAUGUAUGAAAUAAAUAGAAUUCAAAUGAGAGUUAAAAUUUUAGAGGCUUCUGUUGAAUCAGAUAUAGAUUAUCUUUUACGAAAUAUGCAACAUACUUUCAUUUCUGUACAUGAAAUGAUUAAUAAAAAGUAUGAAAAAGAAAUGAAAGAUAUUGAUAAUGUCGUAAAUAUUUUUUGUUUAGCAAUAGAAAAAGAAAAAUCGAUUAAAGGAACAAUGACAUUCAGUACUGAUGAUCUAAAUAUUUCUGAGUAUAUUUCAAUAGAUUCUAGAAGCGAGUCAGCUUCUCUAUCUAUAAAGGAACAAAUUGACGAUUUAAAAUUUUCACCUGAACAGUUAGGACGUCUUAAGGGUAUUUUUCAACAUGUUGCACCAUCUGGGUUACUCGCAGAGCGUUCAUUUAUCUAUAUUCUUCAAGAUCUAAUAGUGUGUGGUAACUGUGAUCAAACUGCUUCACUACCUCUUUCUUGGUACAAACUUACAUCUCAAGAUGUUGUAGAAAUGGUUGAUAAACUUUUCAAUAAUGACGGGUAUAUUGAUUGGCGUGAAUUUAUUAUUUCACUCAUUGAUAUUGCUAUGCCUGAUCAAGAUGAACUUCUAGACGCUCGUGAAGCUUUUCAAGCGAAAGAUCCAAAGUUUACAGAACUUAUUUUCAAACAAGACUUCCUCUUAACUCCAUUGUGGUUUUUAAAAUCUACAGACUUUCCGUUGAUUAGAUCUUCACUUCACAAUGACUUCGAUGUAGAUGAAGAAGAACAGCUGGAAGAAGAAUUAGGUAUAAAAAUAAACAAGAAAAUGGUUAAAUCGAUUAUUAAAUUAGAAAAAUAUCAAAGGAAUUCGUUAUCAAAAGUUUCAUCCAAAGAAAAAAUUAAUCCAGAGCAUGAAAAACUGCAAAAAGAAGAGAUGAUGAAAUUAAGUUUAAUUAAACAACUUCUUUCUGAACUUUUUCUCGUUAAUUAUUGUACUAUUAAUUACAUGGCAAUGUUAUUGGCAUUUUGUAAACAUGAAAAUCCUAGUUAUGGUCUAGGUAAUGCUAUCAGUUUAACACUAGGAAAAAAAAUUUGUCUUGAUUUUAAUCAAGGUGAAAAAUAUGUGAAUGGACUCUUGGAAGAAAAAAGACUAGAAAGUAAUUUAAAAUUGCUUUUGCGUCAAGAAAUAUUUGAAUUUUGUCAUGGACUCAUAGAAAUGGUCAUUGAUGAAAUAAUGGACAAUUAUGAACUGACACUUGUGGAAAUUUUGAGUACCUCUAAUGUUGAUAGUGAUGUAAGAAAAAAAAAGCAAAUUGUGAUUGGAAAUCUCGAUUCGUCAAGAGAAUCUAGUGAUCCUGUAAACCAGUUGAUUGAAAAAUCUCCAUUAUCUGACAGUAAUGAAACAAAUGAUAAAAUUUGCAAUAAUUUAUCAGAUAUCAAUAAAUCAUCGCUGAUAGCCAUAACAAAUAAUGAAAAAUCUAUUAGUACGCGAGAAAUAGUUUAUUGGAUACCAACUAAAGUGUUUGAGUCGGUUUUAUUAAGCAUGACCACACUCAAUAUGAAUCAAAAUGGUGAAUUUCAUAUAGCAACACCAUUGAAUGAAUAUUUUCAAUCAAUUUACCGAGAAAUUCGAUGUAGAGAGAUUGAAGAAAAAUUGGACAUCGUACUAGUUCACCGGCUACUCCAUUAUCCAAAAAUUGUCCAAAUGCUUCAAUUGACUAACCAAUUUACUUGUAAAAAUACAGUCAACGUAGUCGCAGAUUUGUUAAAUAAGCAUGAACAAAUCACUCAUGAUUAGAUUAUAUUCGUAAAAGUUUAGUCUCGCUGGAUGUAAUGUUCGUCAAAGUCUUCAUAUAGAAGAAUUAAUUGAUGAACGAACCUGCUUCUAACUUCAAUUGAAUAUCCUUAUUGAAUUGGCUCAAGAAAUGUUUGUUCAUUAGCUGAAGAGUCAAGAAGAAAGAUAAUUGGUUCUUCCCUUAGGAUUCAAUGUUUAUUAGUUCCAUACACUACAGUUUUAUCAGUAUGUAAGGAAGUUUUGCAACUAUAGUAAUUUAUCGAAUUUGAUAUACAUCGAUAAUAAACAGCCGAAGCUGAAGAAGAGUCGAUAGGAAAAUCAUAAUUGUAUGCAUCACAUGAUUUGAUUGGAUCGUUAAUUAAUAUAAUUAUUUACAAACUUGUAAUUGAACUUAUCCACUGCCACCGACAUGUGCCGAGGUUGCUCAGGACAGGUAUAAAGGUUUCGAUCGUCUUGUGGCAA